CAGCACUGAGCCUCCUUCUUGUUUGCGGCGGCUUGUGACGCAAUAAGUAUCAGAUCGGCGACGACGCGCCGAGAAGCACCAGGAAGAAGAGGAGGAGGAAGAAGAAGAAGACGAAGAAGAAAAGCUUCCUGGCGCUAGGCACCGAGCUCUCCUGCUGGACAUGAAAGUGCAGCAGGGCUGCAACUCAUCAUCAUCAUCAUCAUCAGUAUCAGCAGCAGCCAUGGGCAUCCCGGUUACCACCGAAGAAGAAUUGCGCAGAAACGACGUGAUUACGCCCGACGACGUGCUCGGGCUGCAGAAGAUCACCAAGAAUUAUCUUUGCUCUCCAGAUGAAAACGUCCACAUGAUCGACUUCACCCGCUUCAAGAUCCGCGACAUGGAGACGGGGACGGUUCUGUUCGAGAUCACCAAACCUCCGACAGACGGCAGGAAGCACUGCGACCCCAACGCCGGGCGCUUCGUGCGGUACCAGUUCACGCCGGCCUUCCUGCAGCUGCGGGAGGUCGGAGCCACGGUGGAGUUCACCGUGGGCGACACGCCCAUCAACAACUUCCGCAUGAUCGAGAGACACUACUUCCGGAACCAGCUGCUCAAGAGCUUCGACUUCAAGUUCGGCUUCUGCAUGCCGAGCAGCAAGAACACGUGCGAGCACAUCUACGAGUUCCCCGCGCUGUCUGAGGAAAUCAUGCGCGAGAUGAUCCUCCACCCGUACGAGACGCAGUCCGACAGCUUCUACUUCGUGGACAACAAGCUGGUGAUGCACAACAAGGCGGACUAUUCCUACAGCGGAGGCCCAUGAGGAAAACACCACCACCCUCCUCCGCCCUCCCCCACCUUCUCCCCAUCCUCCCCAUAGUCUAGACACUUUGACCAUCUUCAGGACCAGAAAACAGACGAACUAACGGACGAUCCGCUCUCUCGCCUCCCUCCUUUCUCAUUCAGGUACUCAGCUGUCAGAACCAGUCGAUGUUCUCCCUUCGCCCUCUUUUUUUUGCAGGAACAUCGAAUUCUGACAGUUUUAUCAUCUUUUUUUGUGUGUGGCAUCAACGUGUGAGCGUUAGUGCGCGGGCGGCUUGAGAGUCUGUGCACACUGUGGUGAUGUCAGUCCGUGUUUGUGGGUUGAUCAUCAAGAAGUUACAUUCGGUGUGUUUCAAUAGCAAAUAAAAUGAGGAGAGAGAGGGAAAGGUCGACGGGGAAGAAGAGACCCGAGAAAAGAAGUUUAAUAACAAUGAAUCCAUUCAAGAUGUACAUUUAUAUAGUUUGUAUAGGAAGCUCAUUACAUUUUUAUUCCAGAGGUUUCUUAAAUUUCUAGUAGCACACAUCCGGAUGAAAUGUGUACGUUGUCCAUGUGAAUGUGUCAUCGUUUUCACGUAGUAGUACGACUAGCUUAAGAAGUAUUUUUUAAAUAAAUAGCCACUCUGAAGUGUCCGGAAAAAAACCAAUACGAGACCGAUUUUUGAUAUCCAGUACAUUCUCUGUAGUACUGAACACUGUGUAUACUUUAAUUAUGAUGACAAGUUUUGAGUAUAAAAAAGUUGUUGACAGCGGAAAUUCCAUCACUGCAAUAAAUAUUUUUUUCGAAAGUCUU